CCGCCCCAAAAUCAAUGACCCUGCUUUUUCUGCGCAUGGCUCCUCGCAAGUAGACUCUGCAACCCCAGAAAACUCUUCCCCUUCGGUCAUCGGCAAUGAACCAGAUCCCAAGAGAUGGAAGCAAGAGGGUGAGAAUGGAGGGAUUUUAGCUCCUGGGAGCAGAACGGUGGGCUAUGGGCAACAAGUCCACCUUCUGGCUGGGUGAAUGACGGGCAAGACCUCCAGGCAGAUCAAUCUGAUGUUGAGCACGGAUAAAUCGAUCUCUGAUCAGCCUGUCGCUAGUUCAGUUGAUACAUCCCUUAGUUUGGGUUUGGGCCCCUGUUCUCAUGCUGCUGAAGAUCAGAAAGAACUCAAGCAGUUAUUUGGAAUUGAUUUGCUUCACACAAAGACAGGCAAUGUCAUGAAUGAAGGAUCUCUGCCGAGUGAUCUGACAGAACAAGAAAAUGCGACUGUGUCAAGUGAAGCGGAAAAACUAGUAGCCAAGCAGAAGCAAAGAGCAGAAAGUGAUUUUGUGCCAAUGCAAAGCACUCGAGAUACAAAGACUGAACUAUUUACCUUCUCUCAAGUUGCUGAAAGUGAUUUUGUGCCGAUGCAAAGCACUCGAGAUACAAAGACUGAACUAUCUUCCUCUUCUUAUGCUGCUGAAGACCAGAAAGAGCACAAGCCGUUCUUUGGGAUGGAUUGGCUUCACACUAAGGCAGGCUAUGUCACGACCAAAGGAUCACUGCAGAGAAUUCCAAAAAAGAAGAAAAUGCAACAAUGUCAAGUGAAGAGGAAAAACUAGUAGCCAUGCAAAAGCAUAGAGCAGAAAGUGAUUUUGUGCCAAUGCAAAGCACUCGAGAUGCAAAGACUGAACCAUUUACCUCUUCACAUGCUGCUGAAGAUCAGAAAGGCAGCUUUUAUGAAGAUCAGAAAGAGCACAAGCCGUUCUUUGGGAUGGAUUGGCUUCACACUAAGGCAGGCUAUGUCACGACCAAAGGAUCAUUGCAGAGAAUUCC